CGCAGACCCACCCGCGCGGGACUCUUCUCCCCUCUGACCGCCCACUCGGCCCAUCGAAACGCUCAAAAAGCUCUGCAACACCGGGCAAACGCAACACACCAACCGUUGCAGAGGGAGGGAGGGAGAGAGCUAGCUGAGCCACAGAGGAAGACGGGGAAGCUUGAGCGAUGGCGAUCCCUGAGGAGGAGCGCCACCGCGGCCGGGGCAGGGCGCCGCCUCAAGCCUCGGCUGCUGCGAGGCCGCCGGCGAAGUCUCGAGUCCCGCUCCGGCGGCUCCUCCGAGUGGCUUCGGUCGCUUGCGGGAUCCAGUUCGGGUGGGCGCUGCAGCUCUCGCUGCUGACCCCGUACGUGCAGGAGCUGGGGAUCCCUCACGCGUGGGCCAGCAUUAUAUGGCUGUGCGGGCCGCUCUCUGGGCUCCUCGUCCAGCCCCUGGUGGGCCACAUGAGCGACCGGUGCACCAGCCGCUUCGGCCGCCGUAGGCCGUUCAUCGUUGCCGGGGCUCUGUCGAUCACUGUCGCCGUGCUGAUCAUCGGCCACUCCGCCGAUAUCGGGUGGUUGCUUGGAGACAGGGGCACCACCAAGCCGCGAGCGGUCGGUGCUUUCGUCUUCGGGUUUUGGAUCCUCGAUGUGGCUAACAACAUGACUCAGGGUCCUUGCAGAGCUCUGCUCGGUGAUCUCACCGGGAAUGACCAUAGAAGGACUCGAGUAGCCAAUGCAUAUUUCUCGCUGUUUAUGGCUGUCGGUAAUGUCCUUGGUUUCGCCACAGGGUCAUAUAGUGGAUGGUAUAAAAUUUUGCCAUUUACUGUGACUUCUGCAUGCAAUGCUGACUGCGCCAACCUUAAGUCUGCAUUCUUCAUCGAUGUUGCAUUUAUUGCAAUCACUACAUAUAUAAGCGUCUCAGCAGCUCAGGAAUUACCUCUUGGUUCGAGUGUCAGAUCCUUGUCCACUGCUGAUGGACCUGAACAGUCAAGCAACACUCAGGAAGCUUUCAUGUGGGAACUAUUUGGGACUUUCCGAUAUUUUUCCGGGCCUGUAUGGAUAAUCUUGCUUGUUACUGCUUUGACUUGGAUUGGAUGGUUUCCUUUUCUUCUCUUUGAUACUGAUUGGAUGGGAAGAGAAAUUUACGGCGGCCGACCCAAUGAAGGGCAGAACUACAACGAAGGUGUUAGGAUGGGUGCAUUAGGUCUCAUGUUGCAAUCAGUUGUCUUGGGAAUAACUUCAGUUCUCAUGGAGAAGCUUUGCAGGAAAUUUGGGGCAGGUUUUGUAUGGGGGAUUUCGGACAUUCUUAUGGCUCUUUGUUUUCUUGGCAUGCUUGUGGUAACAUAUGUCAAUAGCAUGGACUCAGGUGACACUUCACCUGCAGACGGCAUUGUAAUCGCUGCAAUAGUGAUUUUCGCCAUACUAGGUGUUCCUUUGGCUGUAACUUAUAGCGUUCCAUAUGCCUUGGUUUCAACACGUAUUGAGUCUUUGGGACUUGGGCAAGGAUUGUCUAUGGGCGUUUUAAACCUGGCAAUCGUGAUCCCACAGGUGGUGGUAUCCCUGGGAAGUGGACCAUGGGAUCAAUUAUUUGGUGGUGGAAAUUCACCAGCUUUUGCGGUGGCAGCAAUAUCGGCCUUCACUGCUGGUCUUAUAGCCAUUUUAGCUAUUCCUCGAUCCAGUCCUCAGAAACCCAGGACUGUCAUAUGAGAACUUGUUCUUCUGUCUGUUGCAGUUCUCUUGUUUUCAUUGUGUCCAUUGGAGGCAUUUGGGUGGUUUCCUGGAGCAGUUCAAUUACUGUCUUUUUGUGAAUCAAUUUUUGGGGCUGUUGCUGUUUGAUUUUGAGACUAGACUGGCCAACAGGGACAGUAACUUUUUGCUCUACACUACAAAUAUGCUGGAAUAGAAUGGCCGAUGUUCACAAGAUAUGAUGGAUGAAUGCUGGAGAAGAAUGAUAUCCAUCCAGCCAUGCGCUCUAUGCACGAGAUAUCUUGGGUGCUGCUGCUGGGGAUUUGCUUUUUAGCUGUCAGGUCGAGUCACGCAUCAACCCUGUCCAUGAAAGUGAAAGAACAAAACUGGUGGACUUUCUGAGGGGCAUAUUUUCUUUUUGUGCAAAUGUCCAAUCCCUGGAAGUCUUGUACUGCCAGGGUCAAGAUCAUUGUUACAUGAGGAGAUGCAUUGAUGCGUGUUUUAUGUCAUAGGAGACUCUGAAAUUAUUCGAAUCAAAAGGAGGCGUCCAUAUGGGGAACCCAGGUCUGUACAUAUCUUUGAAUUUGGGUUCUUCAGAUAUUUAUUAACUAGAAUAAUGUGCCUAGAUUGUUUACUCA